AUGGAUGACAAGCACUCCGACGACAGUAUGAAUGAAGACGACGACAAACGCAUGAAUAAUAAUCACAACAAUAAUAAUAAUAUAAUUAAUACAAAUCAUAAGUUCAGUUAUAAUAAUACCCACAAUAGAGAAGACAGUGACGACUCGUCUAUUGUCGAAAUUACUAAGAAUUGCCAACAGAUCCACAAUAAGAGUAAUAAGUUCUUCGACGGCCAGCAAAAUGAUAAUAUAAAUAGCAUUAAUAACGAUAAGAAACCCAUUAAUGAUAUUAAUAAAAGUCGAGACAUCGAUGACAACAGCGAACAGAAUCAACGAACCGAUAAGAUUAAGGUUGAGAUUAAGGACUGGCAGCAACAGAAUGGACAACAAAAUAAGGAUAAUGUGCUGAUGUAUCUCUUGAACCAACAGCAACAACAACAACAGCCAACACACAACCAAAACCAACAAUUUAUAGAUAAAGACAUUGAUGUCUAUAAUAAUAGUUAUGACGCCGAAGACGAUGACGAAGACGACGAAGAGUUGGAGCGAAUCGAGCGCUUAGAACAAGAGAAGAGCUUUAAAGCAAAAUUGUCUGCUUUUGAAAAUUUGGCCAAAUCUGAAGAAACCACUCAUCAAAUCAGUGUUUCUACUAAAAACACAAAGAGUAGGGAUGAGCCCAAACGCGAACCACAACCACAACCGCGUGAAGAUAUGCUUCACAAUAAACCGCAAAUACAGUCGAGUAGUGAACGACCAGUUGUGUUGAGUGGACAGAGAGGACAGUAUGAGAACGAAGAUGAGGACGAAGAGGAAGUAAACGCGCGAAUACAGCAAUUGCAUAGAGAAAGGCAAAGAGCGCAGAGACCGCCACCCGUUUCAGAAAUAAAUGGCCAGCAAUACAAUCAAAGCCCAUCUCUGGGCCAGAAUGUCAUCUAUCAGUCGCCAAAUUAUAACCAAAAACCGGUGCAACAGUCGUCCCAAUCCUCACAACAACAGUACGAACAGCAACAGUACUAUUUGAUGGAUGAGCCGAUUGGCAAACAAAACACAAUUCCUAUUAAAAGUCCAAACCCUGUUCGGCCCCAACCCUCACAACCCACACAACAAGUACACCAAAAACAGCCACAACUGCCAUAUAAACAGCCAAUUCAAGCAACUUUACCACAAGAGCACCUAUACGUCAAUCAGAAGCAGCUCUUUAAUAACCAAAUCGCUAAUCAUAACCACUACGAACCCAUCGAAUCUCGUGGACAACGAUUUGGUCCAUCGGAACGCGAGUAUUACGAUUCGUCACAACAUAUGUCACUAACAACACAACAAUUGUCACAAAUGUCGACAUCGGAUGUCGGCGUUCAACAGCAGCCACAACAGCAGCAGCAGCAACAACAACAACACCAACAACAGUCCCAAAUGAGCCAAAUUGUAUCACCAGACCAGACGUAUCCCUCACCGCCUCAUAACCAAUAUUUAUAUUACCCGAAGCCCUACGCGAACAACAAACCGACAAAUAGUGGGCCAGUAAUACAGAAACCAGUGAUGGUUUCGCAACAACACAAACAGCCAGUGAAUCCGCGAGCGGGUCAGCCAUUGACUGCUAAACCACAACUAAAACAACAACAAAGCGGUUAUAAUCAGAACCAUUGGUUACUACAAGAAGCAGAACUGAGGCGCCAAUUGGACUCAAUUCCAACGCAAGCGUCUAUCACUCCGUCCACAGUAUCGGCAACUCAGAGGACAACGACGUCCACCCCGUCGUCGACCCACAAGUCGUCGUCAUCGCCACAGAAGGGAAUGCUUUCGGUGUCGGGAAAAAAGAAGUGCUCGUCUUGUAGUGACGAAUUGGGCAGAGGAUGCGCUGCUAUGGUUGUCGAGUCCCUCUCUCUUUACUAUCACAUCAAUUGUUUUCGAUGUUCUGUUUGUAACAUUCAAUUGGGUAACGGAACCGUUGGAACCGAUGUCCGGGUUCGCAAUCAUAAGCUUCACUGUCAGAACUGUUAUUCAAACGAUGAGGCGGGUCUCAAAUUUAGUCGCGUGUGAAACAAAUGCUUUUGAAUUGAAUAUGAAAUCAUCAUUUAAUGGAAACAUAUUUUGGAUUAUAAUAUUAGUAUUCAUCUCAAGAAUCUGUUUUGUCACCAAAAAAUACCAAUCGAUUAUUUCUCCAC